AUGAAGUGUCUCUUGGUUAAGUUGUUCAUGCUUAUUUUUAUACGAAGCUAUACAUAUGCUAUAAAAUAUAAAAUCAAUAAAGCAGCAUGUAUGAAUAAGGUAGGGGGAAUAGAUAUAUAUGCAAAUAUAAAAUAUAAUAUGAAAAAAAAAGAGAAAAAGAAUAUAAAUAAGAAAAUGAAUAUAUAUAAUAAUAUGAUAAGAAAAACGAAUAGUUUACACAAGAAUUUUAUUCCUGAACAAUUGGUUUUAUUUCCACGUAACAAAUUGUUAAAUGAAAUAAAAUAUUUCUAUAUAAGUUUUACUUAUCAUAUCUUAAAAAGAGAAAAAAAAACAAAAAUUCAUAAAAGCGAUUUUAUUUUACAUGUUCGUGGUUGUACAAACAUUAAACCAAAAACGAAUAAAUCUAUUGCUAAAAGAUUUAAAUUAACAAAAAAUGGUAAACUCAUAAGAAAGAAGCCAGGACGAAAUCAUUUCUUGAGAAAAAAAACUUCCUCAAAUAAAGCUUCACUCAGGAAAACCACAACUAUAGAUUCUGGACGAAUUCAGAAAAAAUAUAAAAGCGUAAUUUUUAAAUGA